UUAAUAAAAGGCCUUUCAACUGUUACACAACCUGGUCACAGCAACCUAAUAACUGGAAAGUGUGCUUCAGUCCGUCUUUUGACCUCAGCUCACACCAGCAAUGGACCUUUGGGGAAACUGGAGCAGCUUUCUGUCCCCAACGACAAUCCGACGGAUUGAUCAGACUGUGUCCACAGCAGAAGUCGGAGACUUGAUUGAGUUUGUGCAUCCAUGGGCAGGAGUGUCUCUCUGGGCUGUGUAUGUUGGAGAAGGCCAUGUCAUCCAUUUUGGAGUGGGAGAUGAGAACCUGACACAGAAAGUCUGUCGCACCCUCCUUCAACAAAUGGCUCCAAAGAAAAAAGCAGACGGUAUGCUGAGGAAGACCAGAAUCUGCGCUCAACGCAUUACUGACAUCAAAGUGGCUCCGGGAACUUCCAUCAGGGUAAACAACAACAAGCACAACCUGGUUCCAUCUUCCCAGGAGAUGAUGAGGAGCCGCUGGGAAACUUUUCUGCACCAGGAGUUCAAAUACGACCUGAUCAACUUCAACAGCGAGCACUUCGCCACGUUUGUUCGAUACGGCGAGGCUGUGUCCAACCAGAUUCCCUUCAAGAAAAAAAAUGACACGAACAAGGAUACGACUCAAACACUGCAAAUGAUAAUGCAGCAACGGACGGAGACAGAAUCUUAAGAUCGUCUGUGGUGCCUGUUUGCUAAUGAGACUAAAUAAAUCUGAUUUGCUGCUA